UUAGGCAAUGCCAUAGAUUGUUGUUUAAUUGAAAAUAAAAUAAAGAAUUAUACUCAAUGCCAAAUAGUACUUGAAAAUUUACCUGAUGAUCCUGUUUACGGUGUACACAAUAAAACUUGUUCACCCAUAUUUCGAUCACUAACGUCAAGAAAUUAUAGUUGUCCGUUAUACCCUACACAAUUUAUAAAUGACAACUCUCAUUUUAUUGACGCAUCUGAAGUAUACGGAUCAAACGAAAGUUAUGCUCUACAUCUUAGAGCUAUGGAAGGCGGACGACUUAAAUUCUCUAUAGGCGACAAUGGUCAAAUGUUCUGUCCGUUUCUAGCCAAUGAAAACAAAGCAUCAACUGGAAAUAAAAAAACACAUAUCAAAUACGAUACAGGGGAUCCAGAGAACGGAAAUCAAAAUUUCGGAAUUACUGCAAUGCAGACUUUAUUUUUAAGGUUUCAUAAUUAUAUUGCUUUUAAACUUUCGUCUUUAAAUCCAUUUUGGUCCGAUGAAAUUAUUUAUCAAGAGUCACGAAGGAUUGUCAUUGCAACUAUUCAACGUAUCUCGUAUGAAGAUUUCUUACCGAUUAUAAUUGGAGAAGAUUUCCAAGAAAUAUAUGGAUUAAAUGAAGCAAACAUAUAUGAUCCUACCGUAAAUCCAUCCACAUCCCUUGAAUUCUCAAGUGCUGGAAGUCGAGUUCUUCACGCAAUCAUACCAGUUKAGUUCAAUUUUAUGAACAAAGAUUACAAAAUAGAAAAUUCAAUAAAAAUUACAGAUUGGAUGGUAAAAGCAGACCUAAUACCUCAAGGGGAUAAUUUUGAUAAAUUGUUAAAAGGAUUUAUAGAGACUCCUGGUCGAAUGGUCCAACCUUCAUACAAUUUUUAUAUAUCAAAUUACAUGCUUACUCUACCGAACAAUCCUCAAUACAAUGGUCGUGAUUUACUUGCAGUCGAUAUUGCAAGAGGCCGUGAUGUGGGUUUACAACCAUAUAAUCAAGUCAGACAUUUUUGCGGGUUUCCUUUGGCGAAGGAUUUCGAAGACUUAGCCGAUCUUAUACACAUAAAAGAUAUAAUAAAAUUAAAAAAAAAUUAUCAUUCGGUGAAUGACAUCGAUUUAAUGGUGGGUAUUUUAUUGGAAAAACACAGUGAUGGUGCAAUUGUGGGCCCAACAGCACAGUGCUUAAUUGCAGACGGGUUUUAUCGAUUUAAAGCUGGUGAUCGCUUUUUCUAUGAUGUAAAAGGACAACCCGGCAGCUUCACCGAUGAUCAACUGAAUGUGAUUAAGAACAUUAGUCUUGGCCAUGUGAUUUGUGCUACUACAAAUGUAGACGAUGUACAAAAAGACAUAUUUAAAACAGUCAAUCACAAUUUGUUUCCAACUAUCAAAAUGAAAUGUGAUGAGGAAUUUAAUUUGAACUUUAAAGCCUGGGAAGAAAUAAAUUAUCACUCAGAAUUAUGAGCUAAUUGAAUCAUUAGAAGCAACGAGAUAAAUAUUUACUGUCCAUUUUAAUGUUAUAUAAUUUAUUAUGUUAAUUCUACUUAUUAGAAUUAGCUCAGUUUAGAUAAAUACCACCCUGCCUAGUGCCUAGUCUUUUAAUUAUUAUGGAUAUUGGAUAUUUAUCUAUGUUUAUAUGUAUGAAUUCUAUUGUCUAUUUCAAUUUUAAG